GACAAUGCAUGUGAGAAGACUUCGUACAUGUUUCUGCGGAAAGAACUUCCUGUGCGACUAGCUAACACCAUGAGAGAAGUCAAUUUGUUGCCCGAUAACUUACUUAACAGGCCUUCAGUUGGGCUAGUACAGAGUUGGUACAUGCAGAGUUUCCUUGAGCUUUUAGAAUAUGAAAAUAAAAGUCCCGAGGAUCCUCAUGUUCUGGAUGACUUUUUAGAUGUUUUAAUUAAAGUCAGGAACAGACACAAUGAUGUGGUUCCAACUAUGGCGCAAGGGGUGAUUGAAUACAAGGAAAAAUAUGGCUUUGAUCCAUUUGUUAGCAGUAACAUCCAGUAUUUUCUAGAUAGAUUCUACACCAACCGCAUCUCUUUCCGUAUGCUUAUUAACCAACACACACUUCUUUUUGGCGGAGAUAUUAAUCCUGCUCAUCCCAAGCAUAUUGGAAGCAUUGAUCCUAAUUGUGAUGUGGCAGAGGUGGUUAAAGAUGCUUAUGAAACAGCUAAGAUGUUAUGUGAGCAGUACUAUACGGUGGCACCUGAUCUGGAAGUUGAAGAAUUCAAUGCUAAAGCUCCAAACAAGCCUAUUCAAGUAGUCUAUGUACCUUCUCAUUUGUUUCAUAUGUUGUUUGAAUUAUUCAAGAAUUCAAUGAGAGCUACAGUAGAAUUGCAUGAAGGUAAGAGAGAAAGCUAUCCAUCGAUCAAAACCUUAGUCACUUUGGGGAAAGAAGAUCUAUCUAUUAAGAUAAGCGAUCAAGGUGGAGGUGUACCUUUGAGAAAAAUAGACAGAUUGUUUAACUACAUGUACUCGACAGCACCCAGGCCUAGUUUGGAGCCCUCGAGAGCUGUGCCUUUGGCUGGAUUUGGCUAUGGCUUGCCAAUUUCCCGUCUGUACGCUAGGUACUUUCAAGGUGACCUUAAACUCUACUCAAUGGAAGGUGUUGGUUCGGAUGCUGUAAUUUAUUUGAAGGCCCUUUCAAGUGAAUCAUUUGAAAGACUUCCUGUUUUUAAUAAAUCAGCGUGGCGACACUACAAGACCACACCUGAAGCAGAUGACUGGAGCAAUCCUAGCAGUGAACCAAGGGAUGCUUCUAAAUAUAAAGCUAAUCGAUAAUUUGCCACCUUUUGUCUCUGUUGGAGAUGACCUCUGCAUUCAGUAUCAAGUCUCUGCUUUGUUCCAAAAUCCUUUAAACCACAAUACCUAAUUACUUCCAAACAAAGACCUAAUCAGGGCAUUGAAAAGUAGUAAGAACAAAGUGAUGAUUGGGACUUAAAGGCAGGCACUAAGCGCGUUUGGUAUGUGAAUCCGGUCUGCUUCACCAGAAUAUGCUGGGUUGCUUCAGUCAUGCAUUGACAGAAGGGGGAUUGCACUGUGAUUGCACUUAAGAAUACAGUCUUGUAACAAAAAGAUGCUAUUUCAAAUGGCCAAUUUUUAUUCCAAUAUAAGGAAUGGCAAGAUGUGCAGAAUCCCUUCAAAUGGUCAAUAGUAUCUUGCACAGUAAUAUGGUAUAAGAGAAGAAGUCUAAUGUAGUUAAACAUAUGCUUUGAAAAUCCACUCUUUGCUGCAUCUGAUAUUGCAGUGUCACCUGUUAAGAGAAAAUCCCUUUGAGCUCUUCAGAUCUUGUAUCUAAUGAGCUUAUAAAUGCAUAGUUCUAAAAAGGGUUGUGCAGCUUUAAACUGAUGCUUUCCCCAAAUUCCCAAAUCCAUUUCUCAAGUGCAUACAAAAAUUACAUUGUUAUAAGACAUUGGGACUUCCACUUCUUGGUAUGCACCUUAAUGGUUUUCUUGACACACAAACACAGGAACACAUUUCUAUAAAUUUUUCCUUGUUCGGAAGAAAGAUCAUAAGUAGUUAGAUCAUCCCUCCAUACAAUAAAUUCUGUCAAUACAGGGACAGGGGGUAAUUCAAUUUCAUGUUUGUCUGUCAUUUUUUAGGAGUUGGGGAGGGGAAACAGAUGCUGAAAGGCCAGAGAGCCAGUCAUACAAAUGAAUUUGCCUUAAUGUUGGUUGCUUGGAACCGGAUUAGUUUAAAACUUGUAAAUAGUUUGCAAAGUUAUUUAUAUAUUCCGUGUCUGACUAUAGUCUGGUAAUCUGAAUUUGUAGUGUAUAUAAAGAUGUUGUACACACCAGCUUUUGGAAAGUGUCAUUGGUCUGAAUACAUGAAACUGGAAAUAUCAUAGAAA